GUGAUCUGAUAAAAUAUAAGUGGAAACAGAGAAGAGUACGUUAAGUAAGUACCACUGCAAAGCUUGAAUUUUUGGCCUGCCCAGUAGUGCAUGUGUGUGUGUGCCAGAUAUAUAUAUAUACAUAAAAAGCUGGUGCUGUUUCUUCAUCAUUAUCAUCAUCAUCUUAUAUAUAAACAGAUCCAUGUGUAGUUUCUCCCUCUCUCUAGAUCUCUCUCUUCCUCCAUUAAUUUGUACACAGAAACACACAAUUAUAUAUAUAUAGAUCAACUACCUACCUACCUAGCUAUAUAGUAUAUAUAUAGUGUAUAUAUAUAAUCAUCAAUGUGUGGUUUGUAUGUAUUAAUUAUAAUCUGAUAAUGCUGAUGGGUUCUUUUAAUUCCAGCUCUCAUCAUCAAUAUCCUCAACCUCAACCAAAUGAAGAUAAUACUUCUACUACUAAUACUAAUACUAUUACUACUACUACUACAGCUUCAUCAGAUCUAGUAGUAGUACACGAUGAUGAUAUUGAUGAGCUUGGUUUAGGGAUUAAUAACCCACUACAACCACAACCACCACAACAACAACAACAACAACCACAAUACCCAAUUAUUAACAACCCAAUUCAGAUGCGCCAGUUGGUUACGAGAUGCGCCGACCUAAUCUCUCAUUCCGAUUUAACCGCUGCUCACAGACUCAUCUCUAUUCUCUCAGCCAAUUCCUCUCCUUAUGGAGAUUCCAUGGAAAGACUCCUCCAUCAGUUAUCAAAAGCCCUCUUACACCAAAUCCAAAUUAUUCAAAAUCAAAACCCAAUUGAUCAUUAUUACGACCUCGAAGCUCUUCAUUCUUCCUAUUUAACCCUAAAUCAGAUUACCCCAUUCAUAAGGUUUUGUCAUCUCACAGCCAAUCAAGCAAUCUUAGAAGUCAUAGACCACACUCAACACCACUCCUUACACAUCAUCGACUUCGACAUCAUGCACGGACUCCAAUGGCCGCCUUUUAUGCAAGCACUCUCUGAAAGACACCCCAUGCUACGUCUCCGAAUCACCGCCACCGGAACAGACUUAAGUCUCCUCCGACGCACGGGGGACAGGCUGUUGAGAUUCGCUCAGUCUUUGGGACUCCAUUUUCAGUUCCAACCCUUCUUACUCCCGCGGAAUCAUCCUCCUCAUCUCAUCAUCAACGCACUGAUAAGUAGUGGUGGUACGAGUAGUAGUAGAGCUAAAGAUGAUGAUGAAGCUCUGGCAGUGAACUGCGUACUGUACUUGCAGAGAGUGGUGGCGAAAGAGGAAGUGGAGAUGUUUUUGAACAGCAUCAAAGGGGUACUUAAUCCGACGGUGGUUACCAUAGCAGAGAGAUGUAUUAGUAGGUAUUACUUGGAUGGGGCUUUGGAGCAUUACAGUGCUAUAUUCGAGUCCCUGGAGGCGACUCUGCCGCCGAACAGUAGAGAGAGAGUGGAGGUGGAGCAAGUGUGGCUGGGAAGAGAGAUCAUGGAGGUGAUGAAGAUGAUGAGGAAUGGUAGUAGUAAUAAUGAGAAUGAGAUUAAUAUUGAAGAUGAAGAUCAUGAUCAUGUAGUUAAUAAUAAUAAUUACGAUGUGGUUAUUGGUAGGUGUGGGUUUGAGAAUGUUGCAUUGAGCCCUUUUGCAGUUUCACAAGCUAAGUUGCUAUUGAGGCUUCAUUACCCAUCGGAAGGGUACCAUCUUCAUAUCCUUAACAAUUCAUUAUUUCUCUCUUGGCAGAAUCGACCUCUCUUUUCGGUAUCUUCAUGGCACUAGCUAUAUAGCUAAUAAUUAAUUAUAUAUAUAUAUAUAAAUACAUAAUUAUAAUUAUUAAUUCUCUGAUCAUCAUAGAUGAUCAACCACUUUCAUCAUCACAUUAUUUUAUAUAUAUAUAUAUAUAUAGAUG